AUGGCCGUGGAAGCAUCCAAGUCCGUGCAGGUUUCUGCUAGCGAAACAGGCAAUUCGCCCAGGCAGUAUCCUCGGUUCUGUACCUUCGAGGCAACGGAGGACUAUCGCUUCUACCGUCCAGUUGACAGCUAUGAGGGCAUCCACCGCUGGGACCCGGAGUUUGAAUGGACCGAAAAGGAGGAGCAGAAGAUCGUCCGAAAGAUUGACUCGCGGGUCUGCACCUUUGCCUGUGUGACCUUUUUCGCCUUGCAGCUUGAUCGAGCGAACAUGUCACAGGCACUGGCAAGCACACUCCUGCAGGACUUGAAGAUGACCAGUAACGACUACAAUCUGGGCCAGACCAUCUUCCUCGUGUGCUUCCUGCUGGCGGAGCUGCUGGCUCGGGCCCGAUCGUUGGAUCCCAUUCUAGAUGGCCCCAUCAACUGUUCUACAAUUGCAGCACACAGAUGGAACUCAGAGCACGAGGACGCGGCAUUCAUCUUGGAUACAUACCACGGUCAGAAUUAA